AAAUGAUAUAGCUCAGCAUCAUGUCGACAUCGAUACUCUUCUCCUUCCUUCACAGGACCAUAAAUCGCUCACAGUACUCAUCUUUCGAAAGUAAUUUGAAUGAAAUUAAAUUCUCAAUUCUGCCUUUUAAACAAAAAAAAACUCUUAUCAAUUUAACACAACAUUUUAAGAAGCUAUGACCGAGCGUACUGCUUAAUAGACAAAAAAAAAUUAUAAUUGUGCUGAUAUACUGCAAUCGGGAUGUGAAGGACGAUUAAAUAAUAUUUUAUAUUAUUUCAUAUUUUCAUUUAAAACUGAAUAAAUUAUUGAGUGCUUGAUUAGUGACUUAGCUUGACUUCGGUUGAAAGGAUUUCUGAACAUUUUAGAAAAAAUGAAGUUACGAAGUAUUUCAGUUCUCUGUUGUAUAUUUCAAUUAGUUUUAUAUUGUGAUGCAUCAUCUGAUGGUCUCUUGGACUAUUUUAAUGUAUUUGACAUAGGAAAGAAAGUUAGUGUGAUAUUCUCGCCGAAUGUUUUUGAAGCAUACAGCUACAAACUUGAAAGCAUGGCAGAUAUCAUUAAUAAUCCAAAGUUUCGAAAGGAUCGUCCAACUGUAAUUUAUAUCCAUGGCUGGUUAGAAGAUGGUGAAUUUGAAGAGAGUGUUAUGGCAGUAAGGAGUGCAUAUCGUGUUAGAGAUGAUCAUAAUAUUCUAGCUGUCGAUUGGAGUCUCUAUUCUCAAUGGAACUUUCCUAUUCCUUAUAAAUCAUCAAUUUCAAAACUAAAAGAUAUUUGUGAAUUAAUGGCAGAACAAUUAGAACUUAUCCGUACGCGUGGAUGUAAUUGCCACAAAAGUAUCUAUCUUGUAGGACAUUCACUUGGUGGGCAAUGUGCUGGUUUAGUGGGAAGAACUGUUAAAAAAUUAUCAAAUGGACAGUAUGUCAUUCCGAAAAUCUUUGCACUUGAUCCUGCUGGUCCUGGUUUUGAAUUUACAACAAUUGUUGGAGUAACUGGUUUUGAUAGCAUUAGUAAGGAUGAUGCCAAAUAUGUUCAAAUCAUUCACACAAACGGUGGACGUUUAGGAGUUGAAAAAAGAGCUGGGCAUAGUGACUUUUUUGUAAAUGGAGGAAAUGAGCAGCCUGGAUGUUUAACUGAUAUAUGCCACCAUCGACGCUCAUGGGUGUAUUUCCAAGAAAGUGUAAGAGAAGAUGAAAUUUUUAUGUCUAGGCAAUGUGAUUCUUAUUAUGAUUUCUUAAAUGGAUAUUGCGAUAAAAAUGAUAUUAAGUACAUGGGGUACUCUAGUAAUGAAACAUAUCCAAUUGGAACAUACUUUUUAAGAACUCAUCCUAGCAUCUUUGGAACACCUUUAGGAAAAGACGGAUUAACGAAUACAAAAUUCAUUUUAAAAAAUCAGGAUGGAAGUGUCAGCAACGGAGCAAAACAUUUUUCAUACGAAUUGAAGAUGUUGAGUAAUAUAAAUAUUGACAAGCAUAAGGAUUCAUUUAACAAUAACAUAUGAAGCAUGAUGUGCCAUUUCUGAUGUGAAAACAUAAAACAAUUUUGCU